AGAAAACUUUGCUGGCCUAUUUGGGCGCUAUGGCUGCCUCCAGAGGUGCUGCCAUGCUGGGCAUAUGCCUGGCCGUCUGGGUGGCAGGCGAGGCUUGGAUGAUGAGGCCCUUACCUGGACGGUCACAGCGGCUGGCCCGACGGGCGGAGGAGAGCAACGGGCCUCGGAUGUACUACCAGGAAGAUCGGGGCACCCCCAAGGGCGGCGCCUUUUGGGGUCGUUCCACCGAAGAGAAGUGGGGGGAGUUCGCCAGUGGCGAAGCAGGAAGAUUCGACAAGGACGACCUGGUGCAAGCGGUGUAUCCGGGCAGCCAGGAGGUCUACUGCGCACAGGUGAUGAAAUACAUUGGUUCUGGAGAUUGGAUUGUCAUGUGGGUGGAUGACAUGCCAGAAGACUUCGCCAAAGCAUCUGUCCUGAAGACGGACGAAAUGGAACAUGUGAGGAUCUCCCCCGUGACGUGAGGAGGGCGAAACGUGUGCGGCAAAUGUCUCCAGCCUUCGAACAAAAAAUCACGAGAUUUCUGCGAUCUGACGAGUGAAGUUGCAAAAAGUGAUGAUCCAACUGU